UCUCAUACACUUUUGUCUGCCCUCUCUUCUGUUUCCAAAUCCUUAUUGGUUUGGCAUGUCUGAAUUUAGGCCUUUGUCCAGGAAAAUUUUAUUCCUAGAAAUAGGUCCGCUCAAAUAGAGUAACAGACUGAAAUCUGCAAGAAUUAUGGAUUUAUAUGAUGAUUAAUUGUGAAAAUGAUGGUUGCAAGACACUGCUUUCUUUUGCAAGUUCAUCAGAGCAGGAUGCCUGCCUCUCCUUUGCUUCAAAUGUAAGCCUGGCUAUCUUAAAUCAUUAAUGAAAUGUAUCACUGUGCUACUCUUACCAGCUUCUUGCUGCUUCUUUUGGAUGUUACUGUUAAGCCUUCAGCAUAUGCGUGCCACUUGAAAAUCUUUGUAUGCAGUGGUUGUUUUCUGAGGAAAAAAUUUAAAAAAUGCAGCAAAACUUUAAAACCCGAUUGGUUGCCUUCAAAUGUUUUCCUUCUAAAAGUGUCUCCAGUCUGGGGGUUGGUGAAAUGCACAUCAGCUUGGCACAGUCUCUGCGGUUGCCAAGUGUGUUGGAGAGCCAGUUGGAUCUCAAGGAAAUGUAACUUGUUGCAAUCAGUCCCCUGGCGACUUUUAUUUCACUGAGGAGCAAACAUCUUUUGGGAGCAUUGUUCCCCACAAACUAGCUGUCAGGGAGUGGAGUCUGGCAAAGCUGAUGGGCUUUAUAAAAACAGCUUUCCCCUACACCCAGUGCUGUUGUCAUCAUCAGAUCCAGAGUCCUAUCAAGGUCCCAAGGAAAGCAGAAUUAAUAACUAUUCAGGCUGCAGUACUGUGGUGCUUGCUCCACUUCUUGUAUUCCAUCUUUUGACAGUUCCAGUUCUUUCCUUCAGCUGUGUAUUCCACUGCUCCUCCUUUCCCUCCCAUCCUGGUCAAGACUUUUACUGUGCUUCCAAGUCUGUUCCUGGUGCAUAUGUCCUCUGUGUGGCCUUCAUGCCCUGACCUUGUUGGCAAGAGAGUGUCUAACUUUUCCUCUUAUGUAAGCCAUUUCUCUGUGUCCCGUCAGUUAUCUGUGGCUCCCAAAGCAUCCUGAAAACUUCUGUGUACACUAGUGGAUGCUCAGCCUUAGGAUGUGGCUGUGCCUACAUCCACGUGCCUUUGAAGAGCAAUGCUGAUGCCCUGAGGGGAUGCUCUCCCUGCACCUGCAUUGCAGCUUCAAAAAGAUAACUAGCCUUCAUCUUUUAGCAUGGCUUCUGUUAGAAACAAGGUUUACGCCAUCUCUUACUACGUGUUCACGCAUGCAUUUUGGUAUUUGUCCCUUAAAUGUUAUUUCAUUGCCAAUUCCCAAUUUCAACUGUGUGUGAUGUAAGGAGAACAGCUCCAAGGUAAUUAAAUUCUUGCAAAUUUUGUGGAAACGGACUAAAAGGGAAAAGCAGGUCUACAGUCAGACACUUGCCAGUUUUCUCCGGUUUUUUGCUUAGUGACUGAGUGAUACAUUCAUAUUUGACUGCCUCCACUUGGCAACAAGAUAUUUGGUGUAAAUGAAGUUGUAAAGAGAAAAGGAGAAAGAUUUCUGGGGUGAAUGCCUCUGAACUGGCAUCUCAAAACUUAAAAGAAGAUAAAUAACUGAUUUGAUACAUUGCAUUUUGAACAUGGAAACAGAAAAUCUUAGUAUAGUUAAGUGUAAACAUUUAAUCGACCAAGGAACACAGUUCUGUAGGAGAUCUGAUUUCCUGAGUUGUGCUGGUCACAAAGCGCUUUGUUUUUAUGGCUCUGCAUCUCCAGGGCACAGCUCCUGUCUUUGUUCUGCCAGGCACACAUUUGUGCAAGUACAGCAAGUACCACAGGGCUAUGAUCUCAGCUAGUGUCUUUAGAUCUAUUUUAUUUUCACAAAAUUGGCUAACAGUUUCAAGACUUACUGAAUGUCAUCAUAUAAGCGUAAUUCCCUUGAAACCAAGUAAAAGUGAUGAUCACUCACCCUCACUCAGAAUAAUGCAUUCCUUGAUGCAGCUGGUAGAGCAAAUCCCUAAUCAUUUGUAACAAUGACAAAAUAUUGGAUUUUUGUUUUGUUUUGGUUUUAAACUAUUAGUCCUUGUCAACUGUAGAUGGGGUUUCAUGGCACAGCUAUGACCUGUCCUGGCAAACUUGUUCUACCAUAUAUACAGGUUCGAUGGUAUCCUUAGAAGGGGUACCUUUACAACUGCAUUGUAUGUGCCCACUGAAGGAUUGUGGGCUAAGUUUGAAUCCUGGCAAUUCAGACAUGUGAAAGGAAAAAGCCACAUGGUAAUAGGAAAAAUUCUUGAGCUCCAGGGAUGUUAGCAGAGGGUGUAACUGGCAAAGGAGGUUUUUUUACUUGGCACAGUUAUAUGAAGACAAAGGUAUUGAGGUACCUGAGAUCAACAGGAACAAAUACCAGGUUCCUAAAUACCACUUUGAGUGUGGCUAAAAACCUCCCCACUGUCUUUGGAGUGUAGGCAGUUAAAUACCUUUAUUCUUCAAGGAAAAUAUCUCUUAAGGUAGUGUUUACUGAUGGUCAGUAAUGUCUCGGCUUUCUCAGGCUUCAUUUGACUGCAAUUCCAUGAAAUUAAAAUUGAAAAGCGGGUGUUCAGUGUGUCUUGAUCACGUGAGUCUGCUCCGCAAACAAACGAAUGGUAGGAUUUGUGCCUUUAGUUAAUAUUGAUUACAUAAAUGUACCCUGAAAUGGCACAAGAAAAACUGCAAGUGUUUAAAACUUGGUGUUUAAACUUCAAAACUCAGCCUGAUAUUGAUUAGUGAUAGGCUCCAAACUACACAUCCUUGAAUUUUGCUAAAGUUUUGAUCUGAAAUAUAAUUCCAUUGCCUGUAGCUGAUAUUGACAUACGCAUUGAGGAAGGUAGAAUUUCUUGCAACAAUUCUUCCUGGAUAGCUGUGGUACUGUCAGUGUUGACUUAAAUACAGUUUUGUUGUUUUGUUUGAAAACUUGCUUUUCUUGUUUGUUCUCUAGUGUUUGACUGUUUAGGACAUAACAAUCAGAAUUUUUUAUAAAAUAGGUUCUUUCUAAAUGAAAGUGGAGAUCCUUACAUAAGGAUCUCUCCCUACACACUCAUCUCCAGAGCUGGAACUUCAGGUUGGUCCUUGCCUUCUAGGAGAAUUGCUUCUUCAAAUGCAAUGACUCAGCAGCUACAGGAUGAAUUUGACAGUAGUGUGGAGAAUGCAGAAGCGUGGAUGAAGGCCAUCCAAGAGAGACUGAGUAUCAAUGACAACACCAAGGGACCUCGAUCUGCCCUAGAAGCCAGACUGAGAGAGACUGAGAAAAUACGUGCACUGGAACCAGAAGGCAGCUUGAAAAUUGACUUGAUUCUUGUGAAGGCAGAUGCUGCCCUUCGCAGCAUCAGUGAGGAUAAGAAGCAUGAGAUACUAUCUAAACUUAAAGACAUUAAAGCCUUGUGGGAAGAGACAGCCAUAUACAUUACUCACUGUCACAGCCGUAUUGAGUGGGUGUGGCUGCACUGGAAUGAGUACCUGAAAGCCCAAGAUGAGUUUUACACAUGGAUUCACAACAUGAGUGUGACCUUGGAGCCUGACAUUGAGUUGCAGCUUGGCUUAAAGGAGAAGCAGUGGCAGCUGAGCCACGCUCAGGUUCUGCUGAAUGAUGUCUUAAAUCAGUCAGUCCUUCUGGAAAGACUGCUAGAGGAAGCUGCUUCCUUGUUCAGCAGGAUAGGUGACUCCAGCGUUGAUGAGGAUGUUCAGAAGAAAAUGAAGGUGGAAUAUGAAAAAAUCAGGGAACAAGCUGAGAACAGAGUGAACCUGCUUAAAAAGAUAACCAAGGAACAUGAGCAGUACAGCGCCAACGUCAACCAGUUUCAAUCGUGGCUGAAUGGUGUGACGGAAAGAUUAAACUGCUGCAUUGGAGAAGCAACCAAGUCUUCGGCAGAGGACAAGUUAAAGGCACUGAAGGAAAUUGCCAAAAGCAUUAGGAGUGGUGGAAAGAAAUUGGACCACCUUGAAAAUGAGUGUGCAAGUGUGAUUGAGAAUACCUCUCCACUUGGAGCUGAGAGAAUGAAGGAUGAACUCGAAAUGCUAAGAAAAGCCUUGGAGAAGUUGAAACUGCUUCAUAGUGAGGAGGAGGAGAGAUUGCUCAAGAUCCAGGAGUCAGAAAGUGCCUAUGAGUCCCAAGCCAGACAAUUAGAAGCAGACAUCAAGGUGUUGAGAAAAUAUCUACAGAAACUAGAAAAUCACCUAGAGCCUGGGGAAGGGGAGAAGACUGAAGAUGAGUUUGUAACCCUGUGGAGAAAAUGCAAUGCAACGAGGGCAGCUCUGGCUGCAGAAGAGUCCAACGUCGAGAGGCUGAAGGCUCAGCUUAAGGAACUGCUACGGUUUUCCCAAGAUGUGCAGCCACACACUGAGAGUGUUGUAUCUGCAAUACAGCAGUAUCAAAGUGUUAGAGGAAAGACUUCUAAAAUGAGCACUGAUACAGAAACCGAACUGAGAAGACUCUUCCAAAAUCCCCUGCUAGAUUUUGAACGGUGGCAGCCAUCAGUCCAGAUGCUCCUGGAGACUCCAGAGCCAGCACUGGCUCACCUUGAGGCUGCUCUAGCUGAAAGCUCCCGCUUCAAAGAGAAGUUGAUGACAUUACAGCUGAAGAAGGAUUUGCUAAACAAUGUCCUUGGUGAGGAAAAAGCAAAGGCUUUCCUGCAAGAAGUAGCUGAAGCUUCAAAGAAGAGAGAAAUUCUACAUGAAAGUCUCCUGCAGAGCAAGAGGAAAAUCCAGCACUUUGAUGAUGGUUUCGCACCUUUGCAGAAGAAAUUAUCUGCCAUCAGAGCUAAAUUGGAUCUAGAGAAGGAACUGAAGCCUGACCUCUUGGGUAAAAAGACACAACUCCAGAGACUUCAGAUGAUCCAAGAUGACUUGGCAGAGCUUGUGGCACAAAUGGAGGAGGUAGAGAAGCUUGUUCAGUCAAAUACCACCCACAAGCAUGAAAUGAACCAACUUUCAUCUGACUCUCAGGCACUGAAGAUAGCACUGAAGAUUAUGAUACAGCAGAGUGAAGAGCGCAUUCAGAAACACUGUGCGUAUAAUGACAAACUCUCUGACCUUCAGCAGUGGAUCAAACUAACCACGGAGAUGAUUGAGCCCUACCAGGGUGCUGAAGGAGACCAGAACACUGAGGGCCAGGUGGCAGACCUUAAGAGAUGGCUAGCUGAGUUACCAGAUAAGGAGAUCCAGCUGUGCCUAGUGAAAGCUUAUGGAAAACUGGUCAUGGAGAAUUCUUCCCCAGAGGAGACUGCCCAUGUCCAGGCAGAGCUGGAUCAGCUGGAAGAAUCAUGGAGACUGCUGAAGGAGAUGGAAACUUGUCUUCUCAAGAAAUGGCAGUUAAGUAAAGCAGUGGUUGAUAAUAAGAAGAAAAUAGAAUUUGUGGACAGCAGAUGGAUAUCUGGACCUGUGUUCCAUCAUUUAGAUGUAGAUCCCAACCAUAAGCAGGAGAGAAUAGAAGGGCAACAUAGAAGCAGCCACUUGAAGCUUCUACAUGAAUUUGAAGAGUGGUUACAAGGAGAAAAAAACAAACUGACCAAAAUUCUUGAUGUGGCUUCAUCUUCUGCAGAGGAAAUUAAGGCACGCAAGAGCAAACUCGAGGAGCUGCAGUCUCGUGUGCCUGAUGGUCAGUGUCUCUUUGAGGACCUUCUUCAUAGUCAGCCUGUCACUGAAUAUUCUGAAGAUCUGGAGGACCUCCGUUACCAAUGGAUGCUCUACAAAUCUAUACUGAAAGAGUCCAUGAGUUCACCGAGUCCUGGAACUUCUGAAGAACCAGACAUAUUCAGAAAGAAGCGCUCUGGAGGUGCGUGCUCAUUCCUGCAUCGAGUGUGCUGGGCAGCACUACCAUUGCAACUGCUCCUCUUGCUCCUCCUGCUCCUGGCCUUCCUCCUGCCCCUGGCAGAGGAGACCCACAGCUGCUCUCUGGCCAACAACUUUGCUCGGUCCUUCCACCUGAUGCUGAGGCACAAGGGCCCACCUCCAACCUAACUUCUUGGCAUGGCACAAGGUGACUGUCAGAAAUAUAGACUCUUCAACAAUUGCAAGUGUUGCAAUUUCAGGGCUUCUAACAAGGCCAUCAUAUCAACUGGAUAGGUCAUAUAAAUGCAACAUAAGAGUAGUCCACUUUAAUCAGGUAUUUGAGCAAAAUUAAUAUUUUUGCAAUAUUUUAUUAUUAUAUUUAUAAUGUGUAUAUAGAGAUUGUGUAAGUAUGUACAUACAUAUAUAUAUAAAACAAAAUGCAUAUCUGUGGUCAAACUAACAUCCACCAUCCACUCAUCCACUGUUUAAGGAUAAUCCUGCAAUGUUUCUGUUUCUACCAUCUUUCAGCAAGGGGUACUGAAAGAUGGUUUUGUUGUGGGGGUUUUGGGGUGAUUUUUAAAGUCAGAUUCUUGUUUACAACUGAAGUCAGAGCAGGUAUGAGAAGAUGUGGGCAUGCACCAGAGCGCAAACUGAACAGGCAUGGUAGAAUAAUGUUUGAAUACAGUGGUUGACAUUCAGCCCAAGGAAAAUUGGGACUAUUUUAUUUGAAAUCUUGAGCUGGUUUUUUUUUUUUUUUCAGUAGCUGGAUGCAGGGAUUGCAGGAGGUAAUGGAAAUGUUUCUACUGACUUCAGUAGGAGUGGGGGUGGGCCUCCUCUUGUUCUCAUUUUUUACCAGAUUUCUUUUUCAAUUAUUGUGUUCUCCAGCCCACCUGAAUCAGCAGAGGUAGAAUACAGUAGAAAGCAAGCUGGGGAAAAGAAGUGUGUAUAUAUAUAUAUAUAUAUAUUUGCAUUUCUAUAGCAGGAGAACUUUUAAAAUCAGAUCAUAAUUUUCUGAACAAAUUUGUGAGCACUGAACAAAACCUUGUGUCAGUGAUCUUUAUAAAAAGCAGUGGGUUUGGUUUUUUGUUUGUGGGAUUUUGUGGUUUGGUUUGUUGGGGUUGUUUUACUUUAUAAAGUGGCAUUUCAUAAUGGAUCAUAAAACCUGAACAAUGGGGUGCAGCCUGGCUCUGUGUCAGCAGAGCAAAAGUUGGAAGUACUUUAAUAAUACCACCCUGUAAACAAGAUUCCUUCCUAGGAUGUUUUUUAGUAUUAAUUGUUUGUUAAACUGAUAUAAACUGAUUGUAUACAAGACAGUCAAGCAUUGAUUUCUACAUAGUCUAAGAUGAUGACAACUUGCCAUUUAUUUACCUAAGCUUAUGCCUGAUCUAUCAAAUUUUUGAAUGUAUGUUUUAACAUUGCCUUUAAUGUAAAAGCAGUUCUCACUGUACUGUGAUGCAACCAUUUUUAGUGGUGUUUUUACCUAAUUGACUCAUGAGAGAAAAGGUAAUUUGUACAAUUUUGUGCCAUUUCUGAGAGCUAUCCCUUAUCGUCCCAUGUAUUUAGCCACAGUAGUAAUCAUGGAAAAAAAACAUUCACAGAAGAAAGUGUUACUUUCGCAUUCUGGCAGUGUUGCAGAGGAACUUGUCUUCUGGGUAUCAGUAUGGUGUAUUCAGUCUUGUUUUCCAAAUAAGUUCCAAAAUAGUAUUAAAUUUGUGGUACAGGUAUAUUAUGUAGUAGCUGAGAGACUGAAGGAGGAAGUCACACUUCUUUAACAAAACCACGAAAGUUUUCUGAAGAAGCAAACGUGGGUAGAACAGGGAGGCGUAGCAGCAAGGAGCUGAUUAUAAGCACAGAGGGAGGGAGAACAGGCAUAUGUGAAAGAUAACUAACUAAAGAUAAGAGACAAGAGGUGUCCAACAAUUUAUAAAGCCUAAGAAAUGGAGUCAUGAUGAACACAGAGGACUAGAGCACAGGCCCUAUGGAGGAAAAAUCUGAAUCUUUUUGGUUCCCUCUCCCCACUGCUGUAUUGGUACUACUGCAUGUUAAACAGCUUUUCUUCAGUAAGGUUUAAAAUGGGGCAGGUAACAGGGACUCUACCAGUGUUCUGAGGAGAUUCUUCCACCACCAAGACUCUAUCACUGUGUUCGUAAUAAUGCUUCCAACCACACUAGGUUUGCUAGAGUUGGAUAAAAAUGCCAAAAUUGUGAUAAGGUGGAGAGUAAAUUACAGGAGAGAGAGCAGGGGUGGUGAAAGUAUUCAGGUAGAGUGCACAGGGAGCAGGAGGAGGAGCUGAAAUGAUGCUGAUUAAAACCUGACCGUCAGGAGGUAGCAGAAGAGCUCUAGAGAGCAGGCAGAGCGGGGUUGAAAGCAGAAAGGUGAAGAGAGAGAAUGUACACUGAGCAAUAAGACCUUCACACCUAAACGGGAAGCAAAGGAAGGCCUGUGAUUUCUUUCAUGAAGGAGCCAGAUGGAGAGGAGCUAUAAUUUGUCGGAGAAUGGGGCAAAUAAAUUCCUUGCAACGGUUCUUUCUGGCGGCAGAGGACAUACCUCCUCUCCUCUGAUUAGCUGUGCAAGAGCCAUGAACAUUCCCACAGCGUUCCUCUAAAAAUUGCUGCCAGCCCUGAGGGAAUAAACCCCUGUGGCUGGAUAGCAAGGAGCUAAUCAUCACACACAUCUCUAUUUCAGAUUAAAUGCACCAGUAGAAAGAAGUGUGGGGGAAGAAGGGCAGUAACAAAACCUCCUGUAUGUGGUGUGGAUAUUUUCACUUGGGCACACACUUUUCUGUGACAUACCUACAUUGCACUUCUGUGGCUUUUUCUGAGCUGUUCCAGGUGAUGAAAGUAAAAUACCAGUGAGAAAGUAAAAAUAACGAGAAAUAAUAUAGCUGCCAGUGAAAAUCAGUAGGGAGAGAGACAAGUUUUUUCUAUAAAAGCACAAAAUUUCACAUCAGAUUUCCUUCUGCCCAGUCUGACCUGAAUGAUUUUUUUUAUGGGUUCACAAAUGCAUCUAACACAAAAAAAGUAUGUAACUGUAGGAUAAAAUUUAUACACAGAGUUCCAUAACAGAACAACUGCAUUGUCACCUUGAUGUUUCAGUGUUGUGGCAGGUUUAAAAAAAAAAACCUGAAAUAACAACAACAAAAAACCCUGAAACCAACCAACCAA